AUGGGUCGCCAGCCAAGACAGCGACCGAUCUCGUGUACGCUGUGCAGGGUGCGCAAGCUGCGCUGCAGUCGGGUCUUCCCAUGCUCCAACUGCACGUCCCGCGGAGUGGCGUGCCAGCAUGAAGGCGCCCCCCAUGGCGUGAGCCUGGGCGUCGCGGCCGGCUCAGGUAUUCACAAAGACGCUCCCGUCGUGGCCGGCGCCGCGGGCGACGUCAAUGCCGUCGAGUUGCUGUCUCGCCUGGAGCGCCUCGAGGCCCUCGUGGCAUCCCAGGCCGCCGCCGGCAACGCCAGCUUGAGCACUGCCUGUAGCACCGACGGCAGGGCGUCGGCAGAGCCGUCCAAGGAACAACAUCACCAACAGUCUCCCUUGGCGCCUGCGCCUGCGCCGCCGCCAACGCGGCGACCAGGUUCCAACUAUCCGCAGCAACAGCUCCCGCCGCCAGCACCGCCAGCACCGGCACCGUCAAUAUCUCCAUCCACGGAGGUUCCGUCGCGCCUCCAGCGCCUCACCGCCGACGUCCUGUGGCUGGAAAGGUCGUGUUCAGGCCAGAAGCUCCUGGAUUCGCUCGUCGCAGAUCCCAUCACGUUCCGCACGUGCCCCAUCCGCCUCAUCUCCAAGCCCUCGUCCUUCAUCGUCGAGUCCGAUGGCUCGCCCGCCGCCUUGGGCACCACCGAGGUCGUCAAGUGCAUCUGGCUCCCGCGUCGUGACGAAGCACAGAUACUCGUGCAAAAGUAUGUGAGCGACGUCAGCCACUUCCAUCACAUCAUCCACUACCCCACCCUUCCUCGCCUCAUCGACGACAUCUACGACGGCAUCGAGCGCGACAGCCGCUUCGACGUCGGCGGAAUCCUGCUCCUCCUCAGCAUCUGCACCUGCACCACCUAUGCCUGGACCCCGUACGACGAUGCGCGCGCCCUCUACGCCUCGGCCGCCGAGGCCAACUGCCAGACGACCGGCUGGCUCAAGGCCGCCCUCGACGUCGUCGACCACGUCCAGCGCACUGCUCACACUUCCCUUGAGUGCGCCCAGGGCAUGAUCCUCAUCUUCUUCGUCCUCUGCAGCCUCGAGGGCGUUUCCACUCGCGCCCGCUCUCUUGUCGCCCAGUCCAUCGCCAUGGGCCGCGAGCUCUCUCUUCAUCUCAUCGAUUAUCCCAACAACUCGCCUUCCUCGGACCCUCAGCAGAUGCACAGCAUCAAGACCGAGAUGGGCCGUCGCGUCUGGUGGUACCUCGCGGCCUCGGACUGGAUGCUUUCGCAGUUCUCGGUGCCGCAAGAAGGCACCUAUACCGUGCUGCCAAGCCACAUGGUGGUCAGAAAGCCCCGAAAUGCGAACGACCAAGACAUUGUCGAGGGCCGGGAGGUCAUUGACCGCCCCAUAGAAGAGCCGACCUGCGUAUCCUACCUCCUCCAGCGCAUUCGGCUGGCAGAGGUAUGUCAUGGGCUGCUGGAUCGCAGCCCUUUUGUCAUGAGCCCAGAGACGAUGGAGUACCGCCAGGUCAUGGAGGUGGACACGAGGAUAAACCAGUUCAUGCAAGAGAUGCCGGCCUUUUUCUGGCUCGACAACCCCAGCAUGGACGACCUUCCCCCGUCCGACCCCCGACGCACCCCGAGCAUCACCGUACAACGCUAUACCCUCAACAUCCUUCUCAACCGCCAGCUCUGCAAGCUUCACUUGCCGUAUCUUGCCCGGGGCAGCGUGGAGCCGGCGUUUGCUUAUUCGCGUGAACAGUGUCUCAAAUCGGCGAGGACCAUCAUCCACAUUGAGCACAAGCUGAGGGGAGAAAACUUGACAUUUGUGUCGUUUCGCCAGCGGAUGAACAUGGUGCUUCGUAGCGUUUUCAUUGCCUGCAUCGCCCUCGUCCUGGACGCCUGCUUGGUCGACGACUCCCAGGACACCAUCAAGAGCGGCGUGGAGGUAGCCGACGCGUGGAGCAUCCUGCACGAGGCACGGGACCAAUCGCCCCUGGCCUCGAAGCUCCUCGAGCUUUCCAUCCAGGUCCUCAAGAAACACAAGGCGUCGCACCCGGCGCUUGAGGUUCUCAAGAACCAGCCGUCGGCCAAGCUGCGGACUCAUGGCGGCACGCCGCCCAUGACCCCAGACUCGAGUCAUCGCGACGAUAGCAGGAACGGGAUGCUCCCGCAGGCGGCAAAUCCAGAUUCGGAGACUGCCUAUCUGGAACAACAGUGGCAGCAGCUUCAGGGCAGGAUGGACCUGGACAACAUAGACUGGGACAGGCUUUUCUGGGGUUUGGAUGCGCCGUUUAUAUGA